ACAAGGGAAAAAAAAAAUCUUUGAAGGUCACCCUCUACCUCAUACGCGUGCUGAAGUUGCUUACCUUGUAACUAAGAAAUACCCUAGACACCGUCCACUAGAAAACCUCCACGUGUAUUCAAGUGUCACCGUAGCUCUCAAUGAAUCUCCCGGAAUCUCUCUCUCUCUCUCUCUCUUUCGCUGUGGGAGGGAAUCUCUUUCUUUUUCUCCUCCCGUCCACAUCUCAUCUCCUCCGUUAAAACGCAAUCCUAGAGCUCCAUUUUCCCACAUCCUCCCCAGUUUCUAGUCUACUGUUUCCACCAACGCACCUAGAGAGGGAGAGAUGGCUGCCCUGGCCCUGGUGAUUUUGCUCAGCUGCAUCGCUGCGGCAGCUGCCCACGGUGGAUCAGACGGCAACCGUGACUUCGCGGAAGAGAAUCCCAUUCGACUGGCAUCCGACGGCCUCCGUGACUUCGAGACCUCCGUCCUCCAAGUCGUCGGCCAGACGCGCCACGCGCUCUCCUUCGCUCGCUUCGCUCGCAGGUAUGGGAAGCGGUACGAGUCCGUGCCAGAGAUUCAGCUCCGAUUUGAGAUUUUCUCGGACAAUCUAAACCUCAUCAGAUCUUCUAACAGAAAGGGCUUGUCUUACACUCUUGGUCUUAAUCAAUUUGCUGAUUUGACUUGGGAAGAGUUCCAGAGACACAGGUUGGGAGCUGCUCAAAACUGCUCAGCUACCACCAAGGGCAACCACAAGUUAACUAAUGAUGCGCUUCCUGAAACGAAAGAUUGGAGAGACAAUGGCAUAGUCAGCCCGGUCAAGGAUCAAGGCCACUGUGGAUCCUGCUGGACAUUCAGUACCACAGGGGCUUUGGAGGCAGCUUAUACACAGGCAUUUGGGAAGGCAGUCUCUCUUUCUGAGCAGCAGCUUGUGGACUGCGCCAGAGCUUUUAAUAACUUUGGAUGCAGUGGCGGUUUGCCAUCCCAGGCCUUUGAAUACAUCAAAUACAAUGGCGGCCUUGACACUGAGGAAGCAUACCCUUACACUGGAACAGAUGGUGUCUGCAAAUUCUCAUCAGAAAAUGUUGGUGUCCGAGUUAUUGACUCUGUCAACAUUACCCUGGGUGCUGAAGAUGAAUUAAAGCAUGCAGUUGCCUUUGUUCGGCCAGUGAGUGUGGCAUUUGAGGUAGUGACUGACUUUCGGUUCUAUGAAAAGGGUGUCUACACCAGUGAUACAUGUGGCAGCACUCCCAUGGAUGUGAACCAUGCUGUGCUUGCUGUUGGGUAUGGAGUUGAAGAUGGUGUUCCCUACUGGCUUAUUAAGAACUCAUGGGGAGAAGAAUGGGGUGACAAUGGCUACUUCAAGAUGGAGAUGGGGAAGAACUUGUGUGGUAUUUCAACUUGUGCAUCAUAUCCUAUCGUCGGUUAGCUUUUGCUCCUCGGAUUGGUGGGCUGUGUAUCAUUUGUGGUGUAAAAAACAGGUCAUAAUUGGUCAGCGUAGUACUUUACCAUCUCCUGCUUCAUGAUAUGUUUGUUGCUGGCUUGAUGUACAAAAUAAAACCAAGACAUGCCUAUUUAGAGACGUAAUUGUUAUGUAUUCAUCAAUGAAGAUAUGUAGAUUUCCCCUAUGAAUGUUGAUGUGCAUUCUCUUGCCUACGCAUUAAAUAAAAUUCAAAUGGUAUUGGUGGAUA